CCCUGUUUUUUGUUGCGAGUUUACACGUUUGUUUUAGUUGCUGUAGAAUUUAUUAAACAAAAAUGGAUUUUGGUGCUGAAGACAAUCUUACAGUUGAGGAAAUGCACUUCAUAGCCGACUUGGACAGUCGCCAGUUUGGUUUUCUAAAACUGGCAGCGCCUGAAAACGCUCCAAUACGCAUUAUUGUGGAGCGUGCCGUGAAAAUUCUACAACAUGUUAUUAUAUCAACAAAGGAAGAAGAGCAAAGUGCAAAGACCGCAAUAAAAUCAGAGGAUGUGCCUCACGAACCGAACUCACAUGUGAUGAAGACAGAGCAGGGAAAUGAUGAAGUAUAUAAAGAAAACAGUACCCAAGUGCCUGUUGACUUUCCAAGUCCCAAAAGAAAAGAAGAACAAAAAUCAGCAGAAACUUCUACAGCAACUCCGGAUAGUGAUAAUGAAAGUAAACUGCAUGUAGAUGUUAUGACGUAUUGUAAGCUGGGCCACCUUCAUUUACUUUUGGAAGAGUACGAUGAAGCGCUUGCAGCGUACCAGAAGUAUUAUCAAUUGUGCUCGAAGAAUUGGAAAAACUUGCCUUUUCUGUAUGGCCUUGGAAUGGUUUAUUUUCAUUUUAAUGCAUUUAGAUGGUCUAUUCGAGCGUUUCGGAGCUUACUUUAUCAAGACCCGAAUUUUAUACGUGCAAGUGAAGCACAUUUACGCGUUGGUCUUAUGCUUAAAGUCUUUGGGGAAUAUAAACUGUCUCUGAAGCACUUGAAACUAGCACAGAUUGACAAUUCUCCGUGUACAUUUUCUAAACUGCAAAUAAAAUUCCAUAUUGCCCAUCUAUAUGAAGUUUAUAACAAACAUAAAGCGGCCAAAGAGGCCUACGAACAUCUUCUCAGUAAUAAAGAGCUGACAUUGGAAUUGAAAGCUGACAUUUAUAGACAAUUAGGUUGGAUGUAUCAUUGUGUAGAAUCAUUGGGAGAUAAAAAACAACGAGAUAAUUAUGCAAUAAUAUGUUUACAAAAGUCAAUUGAAGCAAAUCCGAAAUCUGGACAAUCAUUGUAUUUAUUAGGCAGAUGUUAUGCUGGCAUUAACAAAGUCCAUGACGCGUUCAUAGCUUACAGAAACUCUGUGGAAAAGAGUGAAGGGAACGCCGAUACAUGGUGUUCUAUCGGGGUAUUGUAUCAACAGCAGAGUCAACCGACAGAUGCUUUACAAGCGUAUAUAUGUGCAGUUCAACUAGACAAGAAUCAUAAGGCGGCGUGGACGAACUUGGGGAUAUUAUAUGAGAGUUGCGGUCAACCGAGGGAUGCAUAUGCAUGUUAUUUAAAUGCUACAAGAAGCAUAAAAAAUAAUACCCAACCAAAAGUUUCGGCCAACGAAAGCAAAGUUGGAAAUUUAAAUUUGAAACUACGUCCGACAGGAAAUCUGACAGCUCGAGAGUGUCAAGGAUUGGGUAAAGGAUUGACCCAACGUAUAAAAUUUUUAGAAGCUCAAUUAGCUCAAGCGCCUAUGCCAAGUAUUACUUCGAAAAGAAGGCAAUUGUGUUCUAUUGAAGAAGCGUGGAAUUUACCAAUUUCUUUGGAGAUGAGUUCGAGGCAACAACAUCAGCAAGCCACACAUGUGCAGCAACGGCAAUAUGGCAAAAGUGCCCAUGGUUCGGUAAUACAAGGCCCACCUCCACCGUAUCCACAUCCGCAUCAGAAUUUAAAUACUGUACCAACAAAGCGUUUCAAGGAUGAGGCGCUCCAACACACGGAAUCGGGCAAUCGCCCAGCCCAGCCUGCUUUCUUCCUUUCACAGCAACAAUUACAAUUUUUACAACAAAACCAAAGCACGCUUAACCAUCAAGAACAGGCGGUGUUCCAACAACUCAGCAGUCAAUAUCGGCUUAUGCAACAAUACCAACAGGCAAUGAGACAACAGAACACGUGUCAAUUGGCGCAAAAUGCGCAAUCACAGCCUCAACAGCAACAGUUGUUACAAGCUCAGUCGCAACAGGCUGCGACAGGACAUCCCAUGCGUUCAACGAGUUCAUCGUCGUCAGUAACGCACGCGGCUAUAAAUGAGUCUUCGACAGCGACGCCGAAUGUGAAUCCCCCUCCCACAUACGCUGGAACUAUUGAAGAACAAGCAAAAACAUCAGUGCCAAAGUCAUCUGCGUCGGGAAUUGUAUCUGGGGAGUUGCCGCAGUUGUCACCGACUAGUGAUCAGUUAGGUGUAAGCGAUCAAGAGCUAACGGCAUUUCUCUCACAAAAAGACUUAACAUCAACGUUUGCCGAAGAUCUCUUAAAGACGUUCAAUGCCGAAAAUUUGGAUAUCAAGGAAGAAGAUAUUGAAGGCACUUCUGAAGAUCUAUUUAAUGGACUUGAUAAAAAUUUAGGAACUGUUGAUAAAAGGAGUGCGCGCACUCCAACUGGCAGCGGAAAGCACGUGUCCGCAGCACCAAGUAGUUCAGCGAAUGCUGAUACAGUGAAAGAGGAAAUCGAUACACAAGAAGGUUCAGAUGUUAAAUUGGAAAAUUUUCGGGAGGAGGAACAUGAAGACAGAGAAAAGUUUGACGAUGAUAAUGAAGAGACGUCAAAAUUUAGCAUACAAAUGGAUUCCAAGCAAUUAGUAGCAGCUGUUAAGAAUCUACCACUCGAUGAACCACCCCCCCAUUGUUCCGUUUUACAUAUAAAUGCACCACCACCUUCUCCGCCUGAUUGUCCGCCACAGCGUCUAACGCGUGAACAGCUUUUACCUCCCACACCAUCAGUUCAUUUGGAAAAUAAGAAACACGCAUUCAGUCCUCAGCUGCAAGAGUUUUGCCUGAAGCAUCCAAUAGCAGUAGUACGGGGCCUGGCGGGCGCACUUAAAUUAGACUUGGGUCUGUUCUCCACCAAAACACUUGUAGAAGCCAAUCCUGAUCACAGCGUCGAGGUACGCACACAAGUUCAUCAGUCGCCGGAUGAAAAUUGGGAUGCGUCACAAGCAAAACGGGUGUGGGCCUGCAUUUCGCAUAGAUCUCAUACAACUAUUGCGAAGUAUGCGCAGUACCAAGCGUCAAGCUUUCAAGACAGUCUGAAGGAUGAACAAGAUAAAGGUCCAACUGGUGUACAAACGAUGUCUGACUCGGAUUCGAAAGAUUCUGUAAGCAAUUCAAAUGUAAAUGGAAAGCGGAAAAAGCUCAAAAAUGGCAACAAAAUGUUGAGAUUUGGCACCAAUGUAGACUUAUCGGACGAACGAAAAUGGCGCACACAGCUGGCCGAGUUGCAAAAGCUACCGGCUUUUGCGCGCGUCAUUUCGGCAGCCAACAUGCUUUCACAUGUAGGUCACGUCAUUUUGGGCAUGAAUACCGUACAAUUAUAUAUGAAAGUGCCGGGAAGCCGAACACCGGGUCAUCAAGAAAACAACAAUUUCUGUUCGAUCAAUAUAAACAUUGGACCGGGCGAUUGUGAAUGGUUUGCUGUGCCGGAUGCUUACUGGGGUGGUAUACAUAAUCUUUGCGAAAAAAAUAACAUCAGCUAUUUGCAUGGGUCGUGGUGGCCAGUUCUGGAAGAUUUAUAUAAAGAAAAUAUUCCCGUUUACCGAUUUAUACAACGGCCAGGCGAUUUGGUCUGGGUUAAUGCAGGUUGCGUACAUUGGGUACAGUCAGUUGGUUGGUGUAAUAACAUUGCAUGGAAUGUGGGCCCACUAACGGCGCGACAAUAUUCGCUUGCAAUUGAACGUUACGAAUGGAAUAAAUUGCAAAACUUCAAAAGUAUUGUGCCGAUGGUGCAUCUGAGCUGGAAUCUCGCAAGAAACAUUAAAGUUUCGGAUCCGAAACUCUUUGAGCUUGUGAAAAUGUGUCUACUUCAGACUCUUAGAAAUGUGGUGCAUAGCUUGGAUUAUGUGAAAUCAAAAGGUGUGGAGGUACGCUUUCACGGGCGUGGGAAAAAUGAAGCCUCUCACUACUGUGGGCAAUGUGAGAUUGAAGUUUUUAACAUUUUAUUUAUACGAGAACAAGAGAAACGACACGUUGUGCACUGUAUGGCGUGCGCACGUAAGCUAUCACCAAAUUUACAAGGUAUCGUUUGUCUAGAGGAAUAUCGCCUAUCGGAACUUUUACAAAUUUACGAUGCUUUCACGUUAUAUAAAGCACCACAGACACUGCCACAAAGUCCGCAUUCGUCGAAUAUUUAAUAUUGUAAUGAUAAUGAUAAAGACAUUCUUUAGUUGAUUUGCAUAGUUUCAUAGAUGUCGGAAGUAGGUCUAAUGCUAAUAUUAAAAAAUUAUACAAUUUUUAUAAUAGGCAACAAAAAUGCACUGGUAUUAUACUUACGUAGGCAUAUUUUUAUAAUAUUAUACAAAAUAUUUCAUUUUAGAUGUUACGACGAGUAAAUUUAGGCUCUUCAUAUUAUAGACGAUUAGCUCUAAUAUCAUUAUUGUUCUACGUAAUUUUAUUUCUUAGGUACUUAAGGCAUUAUUAUCUAUACAGUACAUACAUGGUUAUACACACACAUAUAUAUACUGGCGAAAAUUAUACAUAUACAUUUAAAUAAUUAUUAUGCUUGUAAGCAAUAGAUGUUUAAUUUGUUCCAUUUAAAUGCUGCACACAAUAUUGGAGUGCAAAAUAUUUGUAAAAGAUGUGCGUGCGAUUAAUGGAUUGCGUUUGUUAAAUAUUAUAUAUUGGGUUGCACUAUUAAUUCAAUUGAAAGAUUUCUAGAAGGCAGUUACGUUUUAUCUUUCGGUUAAUUUAACUCAAUUAAAAAAAUUAUACAUACACGUACAUAUGUAUUUGUCGUAACAAAAUAUGCACUGACCUCCUGACCAUAGCCGCAAUUUAAAUGAAAUACGAUUCAUGAAUGCAUAGAUGUGCAUUAGUAUCAAGACAAUUAGAUUAUUUCUUUAGCGUAAAACUUUUUAGUUAAAUUGAGAAAAUAUUUGAUAAGUUUAAAGUCGUUUGCCUAAUCGUACAGUUUAUAUAAUUAAUGAAAUGUUCAAUAUCGUUCGAAAACGUACAUACGAUACAUAUACAUACGUAUGCAUGCACAAACAUGCGCGCGUACAUUGGAAUUUACGGUCUUUAGAAAUAUUCCAAUGUCACAAAUGGCGCAAGCUCAAAACAAGCUAAAAGUCUCUACAUAAGCAUACAAAUAUAUAAAAAAUAUAUAAAACCUGUAUAUGUAAUUAAUGAUCUCAGUAAAAAAGAAAAAGUGACGAGGACGAAAUAGCAAAAUAAAAAAUGUAAUUUCAAAACAAAUACGGUGAAAUUGUGUGCUGUAUCGAAUAUUAAACAAACAAAUCAGGCCAAUAUCAGUUCUAGAUUUAAAAAAGCCUGCGAAACAAACGAAUAUAUUUUUAUAAUAAUUUGGGAAAAUAUAAAAAUAUAUUUUAGAAGUACGUAUAUCACACAUUCAUACACACAUAAGUGUUCAAUAUUUGAAACAAGUAAAUUAAAAAGAAUCAUCUAAUCAACAAGGUGACCAUGUCUUGCUAAGGCAUUUAAGGCAAAUUAUGCUGAAGUAAAAAGUUUAUGUUUAAUUGGCGGUCCGUUUCACAUAGUUUUUUGUUAAGCGUUUCUAUACACAAAAGAAAAAAAGCAGUUCAAAUUAAUAUUUAAUUGUAAGCUAUAAAUCUGUUUAAAAUCAUAUGCUGCAGUUAUGUGUUUGUUUAUUGUAAUUUUACCAACACAAUGGGAGUGUUGCAGACGGGUGCUAAAAUUAUGAAAUAUUGUACGGAAUUGUAAAUAAAUGCUUACUAAGUUUACAAGUUACAAGUUUAGUUAAAUUCGAAACGGACUUGGCCAAUGCGCAUAACAGACUUGGCAGAUUAAGUCCAACGCUCUAUUAAGUCUCAUCCACUGUAAAUAUAUUUAUUAAUAGUCUAUUUCUUGGUAUCCAAAUGUAUGGUAUUUGAAGCUAAAUCGCGUAUGCAUGCGUCAUCCGAUGUGUGAAUGGCUGCGGCUUACGUCUUGAUUUAACUUAAUAUUCUUUACCUAAGAUACAUUUCAUGCGUAUUUCUGUAUAAUUUAUACGUAGUAUGAAAUUAAUAAAUAAUAAAAGAAAUUAUAAAA